AUGUCCAGCAAGGGCUCCGUGGUUCUGGCCUACAGUGGUGGCCUGGAUACCUCCUGCAUCCUUGUGUGGCUGAAGGAACAAGGCUAUGAUGUCAUCGCUUACCUGGCCAACAUCGGCCAGAAGGAAGAUUUUGAGGAAGCCAGGAAGAAGGCACUGAAGCUUGGAGCCAAGAAGGUGUUCAUUGAAGAUGUGAGCAAGGAGUUUGUGGAGGAAUUCAUCUGGCCAGCUGUCCAGUCCAGUGCGCUCUAUGAAGACCGCUAUCUCCUGGGUACCUCUCUGGCCAGGCCUUGCAUAGCUCGCAAGCAGGUGGAAAUUGCCCAGCGAGAGGGGGCCAAGUAUGUGUCUCAUGGCGCCACGGGAAAGGGCAAUGACCAGGUCCGCUUUGAGCUCACCUGCUACUCAUUGGCACCCCAGAUUAAGGUCAUUGCCCCCUGGAGGAUGCCUGAGUUUUACAACCGGUUCAAGGGCCGAAAUGAUUUGAUGGAGUAUGCAAAGCAACAUGGAAUCCCCAUCCCUGUUACACCCAAGAGCCCCUGGAGUAUGGAUGAGAACCUUAUGCACAUCAGCUACGAGGCUGGAAUCCUGGAAAACCCCAAG